AUGGAGCCCGUGGAUGGCGGCGGCGGCGGCGGCGACCCGUCCAUCCCUUCCAUGGACCCCCGAAGCGCCUUCGUCCUGAGCAACCUGGCCGAGGUGGUGGAGCGGAUCUUCACCUUCCUGCCCACCAAGGCGCUGCUGCGGGCGGCGGGCGUGUGUCGCCUGUGGCGGGAGUGUGCUCGACGCCUCCUGCGGACCCAGCAGACCAUCGCCUGGGUGGCCACCGCCCAGCCCGCCCACGCCCACGGACACUCCCUGGUCCACGCCUUAGCCCAGGAGCUGGAGAAGGUGCACGUACUGCCACAAACCGUUCUCUAUAUGGCUGAUGCUGAUACUUUCAGUGGACAGGAAGAAGGUCAUGGUCAGAAGAAAGCAAGAAAAAGAAACAGCAAAGAAACAGCAAUUGCACUGGAGAAGUUGUUGCCAAAAAGAUGCCAAGUUCUUGGGAUGGUGACCCCUGGAAUCGUAGUUACUCCAAUGGGGUCAGGUAGCAAUCGACCUCAAGAAGUAGAAGAUGGUGAAGCAGGUUUUGCCAUACUCUUUCCCAAAAUUGAUGGAGUUAAAAUCCAGACCUUUCAUUUUUUUAAGGACCUGAAGAAUAAAGUUUUGCAUGCGAGCAAAUUCACUGAAGCCGGUCUCAAAAAUAAUCCAGACCUUCGUGCUGUCCUUAUAUUUGGCUAUAAUUCCUGGAAGUUGGGAGCAUCUAGAUUUCUUCAUCACAUCGUCACCACUCUCAAUGAAAAAAGCAUCAUCCUUGCUGGCGGCCAAGUGGACAACUUGACUUCACUGACCUCUGAAACUAGCCCUGCAGCUGGCGAGUCCUGUGGUGUGGUGGGACUGUCUUUCAGCGGACCCCAGGUCCAGAGCGCGACCGUGUUGCUCAACCAGGACGUUAACGAUGAGAAGACAGCAGAAGCAGCAAUGCAGCGCCUCAAAGCAGCCAACAUCCCCGAGCACAACACUAUUGGGUUUAUGUGUGCCUGCGUUGGCCGGGGCUUCCGCUAUUACAGAACCAAAAGAAAUAUUGAAGCAGAUGCAUUUAGGAAGUUUUUUCCUAAUAUCCCCCUAUUUGGCUUUUUUGGCAGUGGAGAAAUAGGCUGUGAUCGAAUAGUCACUGGAAACUUUAUAUUGAGGGAGUGUAAUGAGAUCAAGGAUGAUGUACUUCACAGCUAUACUACGGUCAUGACGCUUAUUCAUCUUGGCUCAGCCAAGUGAAGACACAUUUAGAAAUUUUUUUUUUUAAGAUAAGUCAUUUAAAACACAUGACUGCCUUUUCAGCAGACAGCUGUGGAACAUGUACAUUUAAAAAGAAAGCACCUUCAAAAAUAUGUCACUUUUGUAGACUGAUAUAAAGUUAUGUCCUUAGGAAAGCUUUGCUUUUAGCGUACGCUGUAUGAAAGUUAUAAAUGUCUUGAAUGAAAUCUCUUAAAGUUGAAAUUAGGAAUGAGCCAUGGGUAGCAUUAAAAAUCAGGCAUAUCUAGUGCAGUUGGUAGAGUGCCUCUGAUGCUUAUUGAAACAGACUAUGUAAUUGAGGCGAACUCUUGAAAGGUUAGAAAUAUACAUAAAACUGGUGAUGUGCGCUCUGUCUCCCAUGGGAGAGAUAUGGUUGAUUAUUGAGAACUGAGGCCCCAAGUUAAUUUUGGUGACCUAUUUUUAUUGUCAGGAUCGAAAAACCUAUGGUCAGAAGUCGACAGUUGUUUUUAGCAACAAUACAAUAUAUUCAUAACUUAUUUCUUGAGGAGAAUCAAUAUUUUUUUUUCAGAGGCUUAAGCUAUUGCAGCUGAGAAGGGACAAUAGCCUUCCACUCUUCCCAAAGUAGAAUGAAUGGAGUCACACCUUUGCUACUGAAACUGCAGAAAGGUUAGAAUGAAGAAAUGUCCACUAUGUACUGAAAGUGUUUGGUCACACAAAUAAAUGGGCAUUUUGGGAUUAUUCAAGGAAUAGACAACGAUAUUACUCUUUCAUUUAUUAAUAAAGGAAUGCCACAAAGUUGUC